UGCAUGUGUCGAGCAAGCGGGCAGCUAGUUUCAACUUGCAUGCAAGCUGUCAAGUAUGAGCAAACCAAGGCUCCGCGCUUAUAAAUCAUCACAUUCUUUCUGAAAGCCUCUCGUGAAGCCUCAGGUGGAAUCGCGCGUUAAUCACAAGUCGACCGCUGACGGGUAUUUCUCACGGAACAACGAGACUCAGGUUACUGGAGUUUUGAAACGUUGUUGACCAAGUCAAUAGGGGUGGGUUGGGGCAGAGAAAGGAAGAGGAAGAAAGUCAGAAAAAAAAAAAAGAAACGUAGCUUGAGCACGAAACUCUGAACUUCAGCAUAUCAGAUCUCAGCUGUCUAAUUAGAUACUUUUUUCGGAAGGAAAACUCGGCAGGUGUGAGUUGAAUAUGAAGCAUCUAUUUUCGUUUGGCGGCAACAGAAGAGGCCAAUGAGGGCUGCCCACGAGAUACAGGCUCGAAGACAGCGUUUUAACAUUUCAACGUCUGGAAGACGCUCAGGGUUCCUAUAUCCGCUGGAUGAUUGAGGGACGUACCAGUGGAUUCUGACAUGGACAGUGCGGAGGUCAUUGGUCACAUCCCAGCGGAGGAGCAGCUGGAGCCACUGUUCAUCCUCGAGGAAGGAGACGAGCUGGACGAUUUCACACUUAACCCUACGAGAGGGAAAGGCAUACUGAAAGUUAAGAAGGAAGAAAUGGAAGAAAGAAUUAAGGAAAGCUCGGAGGGAAGUACAGAUUCUAAAAACGUCAUGGAAGCAGGUGAAAGCAUGCACAAACAUCAAAUUAGUCAAAGGGAAGACAAAAUUCAGCAAAAAGAAGGGUUGGAAAACCAAAAUAGAAAGACGGAUGGAGUGACGGAAACCGAGGAGAACGCAGGAGUCCAAACAGGACCUGGAUUAGUGAUGAAGAAUGCCGGAGGGGAGAUGAGCGCACUAAAGGGAGACACGAAGCCUAAAGAACAGCCACUUGCUGAUACCCAGCCAGCAGUCAAACUACGACCCAGAGACCUACUCAGUCCGGACGAUGCCCAGCGAAAGAUUCGCAGAUUAUCCUCGGAUUCUCCCGACGCUCUCUACGAGCUACUUUGCGCCUUGCAAGAGGGCCGUCGACUCAAUGACCAGCGAUGCUCUUUCACACUGCAGCCACGCCGGAGGUGCCAUUCUGAGCCUGGAACCCCACGUCUAAUUCAAAAAGUUGUCUUCUCAUCUAUGACGUCACUGCAGAAGGAGGAGUUCUUCGAUCUGGUGGCCACCUCUCAGGCUCGACGGUUGGACGACCAGCGUGCUAAUUUUCAGAGCGCUUCCCCAGAAUCCAGUGUACCGGUCCCUCAGGAGUCUCGGCGUCCCUCCAGCGCCCCUGCGACUUUGUCGCAGGCCAGACCCAAAUCGAGGAGAAGCAGCUGGAAGGUCAUCGAGUUCGGCCAGACCGUUCCCAAGCCAGCGGCAAAGGAGGAGCUCUACAACAUGAUCCUAACCUCACAAGCGCAGGGUCGUUUGGAGGAGCAGCGUAGCAAAGCGCCAGGCCCAAUGGACGAUGAAGAUUUCUUCUCCCUACUGUUGAAGGUCCAAGGAGGCCGAAUGGACGAGCAGAGGACAGAGCUUCCUGUAACACUUCGGUAUUAAAAGAGACGCUGCUCAACACUUACGAAUAUAAAAAAAUCCAGAGAACAGCCUUAUUUCGGUUAGAAUUAAAAUAUGUCUUUUAGGAACUUGCUUUUUACGUCUACGAUGUUGUAAUUUAUGACGAUGUUCAAGCCUCAAGUAAAACUUGUUGGCUUUUCCAGGGGAAUUUUUUAUUAUUAUUUUUUCUUUGAGCGAUGAAACUGGAGAAUCAAACGUAGAACUUUGUUUUAUGAGAAGUUCUGAGGUCAACAACAUGGACAAAUCUUGCACGUGGUUGCAGUAGCCGUUUAAAUUUGCUGAUGGUUUUAGUGUUGGUGUUUGUGUCAGGGAGGCGAUUAGAGAUUAGAGGAACAGAGAGUGCAAAGUUUUAGAAGUGUGUAUGGUGUAAAAGAGCUGAAAAAGAGCUGAAAAACUAUGGGGUAUAUAUAAGAAGUAGGGAAGGACACUGGAUCGUUUUCAAAAAUAGUAAUAUUGAUAUUACAUGAUAUAACAAUUCGUAUGUAACAGUAAAAUUGCUGGUAUUCUUACAGUCUUAGAGUUUUUUUUAAUAUAUUUUUUUAUAAUAAUUAAGCACACUUAAAUGUGCAUAUGUAAUGCAACAAACUAUAUCCAGUAUUCUGAUGGUCUCAGAAUGUCAAUAAGGGACAAUCUUAAGAGAAAGACUUUUACAGAAAAGUUUGUUGUACUUUAUUUUGUAAUAAUGUGCCGAGAAAGCACAAGAAAUUAUUAUAUGUUGUGAAUAGAUUUUAUAUCAUUUUCAGUGUAAAAUCUAAUGUAAAUGUAACAAGGAUAAAAAUAUUUCCGGGAUAUUCUUCUGCGAUGAGGUUCACAUGAGAAAGUAUUGAAAGUACUGUGCAAAAGUCUAAGCACCCUGUUUUUAAAAAAUAUAAAAAAAA